UCAUGGCUUAAUUGCAGAAUGAACAGUUCUUAUCGAUUAAAUUUUUAUUGUAGUGAGACCUGUAUGGAAUGUACUAAUACAGGUUAUGCAACAAAAUCUGAUGUAUUGCCAUACUUAAAACAUACAAAAUAACAAACAUUAACAAUCAAAAAGUCAGAAUUUUCUAUCAUGCAAAUUAAUUAUUAAUUAAACAUUAAAUCUAAAACUUUCAGAUAUUUUUCUAUCAGAUAAUUUUAUUAUUCUAAACUAAGAAUAAAAAUACAUUUUGAGAAUAAUACUUAAAGGAUAAGUUAUGGUAAUAUGGCAAGAAAGUAUGGCAACACUGUUUCCCGGUGUAAACAACAACACAGCAACUUAACCAUACAUUUUCUUGGCCGCCUUUCCGCAAAAUAUUCCGGAGCCAAAACUAGAACUUUGUUUUAUCACUUUUGUACAACUUUUUUAUAAUUAAUUUUUUUUUAAUUUUAUAUGAUUAAUACCUUUUAAUUAAUAGCUCUAAUCAGUCUGAUUGUUCCAUCGUUCUAGUCUGUUUAAGGAGACAUCUAUUAUUGCACAUUAACAAUGGCGAACAACGAAUUUCGAGUGUCUAGUAGCAGUUCAAGUUUAGUCCACGAAUCUAUAAAACAGAGAGGUACCAUGAAAGAUGAGUCAUUUAGAAAGUUACGCGAAACAUUUUCCAUUCAAGGUAAAAUUGGUGCUGGAACAUUUAGUAAAGUGUAUUUAGCUUAUGCCAGAGGUGAUCCAGAAAAAAAACAGUAUGCCAUAAAACAUAUUAAACAAACAACUCACCCUGAAAAACUACGCCGUGAGUUAUUUUGUUUGCUGAAAAUUGGAGGACAAGAAAAUGUUAUGGGACUAAUAACUUCUUUAAGAAUAGGAAGUUCAGUAUGUUUAGUAAUGCCUUAUUUCAAACACGACCAUCCUUUGUCAUAUCUUUGUUCAAUGGAAGUUGAUGAAUUGCGAUUGUACAUUAAAAAUUUACUUAUUGCUCUCCGAAGAAUUCAUUCAUUUAAUAUUGUUCAUCGAGAUGUUAAACCUAGUAAUUUUUUAUAUAACCGAGCUAGUUCAACUUUUAUGCUUACUGAUUUUGGUCUUGCGCAUCCAAAUAUAAGUCCAAGUAAAAGGAAGCAAAUAAAAAGUUUACCUGAUGAAGCAAUUGCUCUAACUACUCCUAAACAAAGAAGUUCAAGUUGUGAAUUUAAGAAUGACCUAAAGCGUUCUAAUUCAGUAGAAUCUAUUAAUUUUAAUUCAUGUCAAAAACGAAUUUUACAAAAUAUUGCUGAUGGUAGUAACUCAUUAUCUAAUGGAUGUAAUCUAAGGAAAAGAACUAAAUUAAUGAUGCCAAAGAAACCUUUGCUUAAAGAAAAUUCACCUGUCAAAAAACAAUUCAAUGUUCAUAAAACAUCUGUUCCAAAUAGUUCAAGUGCUAUGAAUAAUUUAUUUAAUGACAAGAAUAAUUUUGCUGUACCCAAAGUACCACGUAUUUCUUGUAAUUGUGUUGGACAGUUAAAAGUUUGUAAUAUAUGUAUAAAUAGGCCAGAAAUGCGAGCUCCUCGUGCUGGAACUCCAGGAUUUCGAGCUCCUGAAGUACUUUUAAAGUAUAAAUAUCAAAAUACAGCACUUGAUAUUUGGUCUGUUGGAGUUAUUAUGUUAGAAGCAAUGAGUCGUUGUUAUCCAUUUUUUAGUGCAGAAAAUGAUUCUACUUGUCUUGCUGAAAUGAUAACUGUAUUUGGCGAUAGAGCUAUUAAAAAUGUAGCUAAAAUGUUAGGCCGAACUGUUAUAUGUGAAGUUCAAAAGCCACCUCUUGAUUUAAGGGCAAUCUGUCGUCUUUUAUCUCAUAGAUCUCGGGUACAGAAUUUAAAUCCAGCUUCUGUUUCUUCUAGUGAAGGUUUAGAAGCAUGUACAUUUUGCUCAAAACCAAUACAGUUAUCUGGUUGUGAGGUGUUUUCUGAUAGUUGUAGUUGUUACCUAAAUGCUGCAGAUGAUUUUCCGUAUCCUGCAUAUGAUCUUUUGAAAAAACUUUUAUGCUUAAAUCCCGUUGCCAGAAUAACUGCGGACAUUGCUUUGAAACAUCCUUUUUUUAAAAUGGAUGAUAAAAAACCAAAUUAAUUGGUUUUUUAAUGUAUUUUUAAGUAAACCAGCUCAAUCUGAACUUAAUCAUUACUAUUUUCCGUUUUUACCUUUUUUCUUUUUCUUAUAUUACUUAAAUUACUUUAAUGUAAUGUGUUAAACUUAUUUGUUUUUUACUGUUAAUGUAAAACUUAUUUGUUAUCUGUUAAAUUUUUUCCUUUAUUUCAAAAGCUAAUAAAUUUUUGAAAAAAUUUAAUUAAAAUUUUGUCUAGUGUUAAACUAUUAUAACUCAGUAGUAGUCAGUUAAUUAAUUUAAUUUAAUUAGUUUCAAACAUUUUUAGCAUUUUAAUUAACUAUUAAAGUUUUCAUUUAAAGUUAAAAAUAUGGCUUCAUGUUUGUUAAAUAAAAUAGACUUCGUUAUUGCAUUUAGGACAAUAUUAUUU